AUGACUUCGAAGCUUAUCGUACUACUGGCUACAUUCCUCCUAGACCUGCAGACCGAGAACGCCCACUGUGGCAGUUGUGACAACCGUUGUGACGGCUACGUAACGCAGUGCCAGGGCGGCAAGUGCAUUUGCAUCUCUUCGGGCGUGGAAGUGUGCACAGGCUACGGCUGUCCGAAUCUGAACACGCACGCUGAACACUGUGGAGCGUGCUUCAGCGCGUGUGGAGAGAACCAGGAGUGCCGCGACAGGCAGUGCCUCGAUUGCCCAACGGGCACGAAGCGAUGCUGGCCUGAUGGUGGCUGCACCGACAUCCUAAACAACACCUCUGCCUGCGGUGGCUGUGGCGUCUAUUGCCCCUACCAGUCUUGGUGCACAGAGGGUGAAUGUGUCUGUUCUGGCGGCAGGACGGUCUGUCGAGAAGUGAAUGGCAGCCCGUUCGGCGAAUGCCGCGACCUGCCGAAUGAUCCUCGAAACUGUGGCGCCUGCGGGAACGUGUGCCCAGAUGGGGGAACCUGCGUGUCCGGACAGUGUCAGAGUUGUCCAUCUGGAUGGAAAGCCUGCAGUGCCUCUGGGCCCAUCUCGCCCUGUGUCGACCUAAUGAACGACAAUCAGCACUGCGGCGAUUGCAACCAGCGGUGCUACAGUGGUACCCCAUGCGUAAACGGGGAAUGCUCUUGCCCUCCCGGGCUGACAUCAUGCCUGUCAACAGUAGGCGAUUGCUACAAUCUGAGCAUCACCGCUUGGCAUUGCGGUGCCUGCGGCAACGAUUGUGGCGAGGGCUUCUGUGAGAAUGGCGUGUGUGGCCCUUGCGACCCCGGGCAGCUGCUCUGCGAAGGACAAUGCCGCAAUAUCGCGACGGAUAACAAACAUUGCGGGUCUUGCUGGAAUGGCUGCGACGGCGAUGGACAGUACUGUCUUGAUGGCCAGUGCGCCGACUCAGUGUGCCCUGAGGUGGCCGGGGCGUCAGGCGCCGUCCUCGGGUCACGGCAGAGCUGCGGCCGCCAGUGCGGUCUCUUCGACAAGAACCAGUAUUGCGACAAUGGCGUAUGCUUGUGCCGCGACACCGGCCGGCCGACAUGUACGAGCGGCACAGCGUGCCCCGACUUCCAGACCAACUCGUGGAACUGUGGCGGCUGCGGCAUUUUCUGCGAGUACGGCACCGAGUGCGUGGGCGCAAUGUGCCUAGCUUGCCCACCCGAGCGACCGAACUCAUGCCCCAAUGAUGCGUGUGUCAACUUCUUGAAUGACACGAGGAACUGCGGCGAGUGUGCCCGUAGCUGCCCGUCCAGCGCAGAGUGCAUUGACGGCGCCUGCGUCUGCCAGGGCGCCAACACUGUCUUGUGCGGCGACAAGCGGGCGCCGUGGUGUGCAGACAUUAUGAACAGCCCAUUCUCAUGCGGCGGCUGCAACAAGCUCGUAAGUGUCCCGCCGGCACCCGUGCCGUUCGUCCGACCAGAGGUAACUUCAGUGCGACGAGAACUCACAGUGCGUCAACGGCAGAACGAUAAUGAGAACUGCGGGAGUUGUUACACCAAGUGCGAGCCUGGCUCGAACUGCCUCAAAGGCACCUGCGAGGCCAACCAGGGCUGCGGGCCAGGCCAGACGAAGUGUGACGGCUCGUGCAGGAACACGGCCAACGACAACAACCACUGCGGGGGAUGUGGUGUCAAGUGUGCGCGUGGCAAGAACUGCUCAGAUGGAAAGUGCAGCUGA